CACCGUCACCGUCACCGUGGUACCGCGUCGAGUGGCGCGCGGCACGAAGAGUCGCCCGUCACGCAUCAAGCUUGGCCUCGCUCGCCUCCGCGAUCGCCUGUCCGCGAAAUCUCGCCAUUUCGCUGGCGAUCCGAAUAUUCGCAGUUACGUAGCGUGCGUGCCCGCGUGCGUGUAGAAGGGGAAGGAAGCAAUAAAUUUACGCGAGAGACGGAUCGAUCGCGCGGUGCAUCGUGCCACGACGGACGACACGAUGCACGAGGAAGAAGAGGAGGAAGAGAAGGAGAACGACGAGAAGGUUGAUCGCCUUCGAGGAAGGUUGAUCGCCUGCCUGCGGGACGUCUCCUCGUUUCCUGAGCGUCUGCCAGUCCGACGGAGAGAAAUAACGAAUACGCUCGUGCCGUUUACACGUCGAGGAGGCCUCUUGUUGACCACCAUCCCUCCGCCGCCGCCGCCGCCGCCGCCGCCGCUGCUGCCGCCUUCGUCGUCACCGUCACCGCCGUCGUCGCCGCCGCCCUCUUCCUCCUCUUCCUCCCCCUUCGCGUGAUCGGGAGUCCCGCGUUCCUGACUGGAGCAAGGCGCACGUUACACGUUUAUUCUGCGGCCGAGACUCCUUCCUACUCCGCAGGUGGUGCGUAACGAGACGGCGAAAAAAGAUCGGCAGGGGGAGGGAGAGACAGACGGAGAUAGAGCGGAAGGGAAGAGGGGAGAGAGUGACGAGAGCGAGGGGGAAUGGAAAACGGCGCGUUAUCGGCCGUUUCCGGGCCCUUUGUCGAUCGCCACGCCUUCGAAACUGCGUUUGCGCCACGUUAUUUGCGCAACAGUUGGAAGCUGGAAUUUUGCCUCCCCGAAAAUCACCCCCGCACGCGGCCCAAGUAAGGAGGGGAGAGAGAGAGAGCGACGGGACACGCCGCGCUGCCUUCCCGUCAUCGUGGACGAAAAUCCAGGAGCAGCUCGCUGGCUGGCCGGCUGGCUGGCUGGUUGGCAUCGCUACCACUACCAUCAUCACGAUUACUACUACACAACUACUAGUACCAUCACUGCCAGGCCCCCCUUGCCCUUCUAUUUGCAAGUGGGCCGACCAUCGUCGACAGUCCGUGAAUCGUGCGCACACAUGGCCGAUUGCCGUACGUUAUAUGCACUUAUACGGGGUGUACCCGAGAAGACACGCGCUUCCUUAGUGGCUAAGAAGCGAGACGGUUGUUGCGGUCGGUUUCGAGGCGUCCGUCAUUAUCGGGCUAACGUGCGUGGAAAAUUAACAAUCGUGGAGUCGAUUGUAAAAUCAGAUUUCAGAGUCGGCGAUCACAUAGAGAGUUGUUAAUUCUUCAUCGUAGAUCAAGCUCGAGAGAUACGUCUCUUACGGAGAAAAUUCAAAAGAGAUGUAUUAUCAAAGAGAUGAUUUAAAUCAAAUGAAAAUUUAACUCGAGAUCGCAGUCGAAAGAUCGAGAGGCUCGAGAGCGGGACGCGAGGAAAGUCUGCGAUUUCCGGGACAUCCCGUAUAUCGCGUCACAUGUUUCUAUCGUUUCAUACGCUAAAUUUAACUGACUGAUCCGAUCAAUUAACCGGCUCGGACGCGAAGGCGUAGUUGUGUGGCGAUGCCUUGUGCCAUUUUCUUCAUUCUUCGCAUAGCAUUCGCAGACUUUCGACGCUACGCGUACGGCGAAAUGAAUUUCUCGCGAAUACUUGCCGGAUGUGAAAUUCACCGACAAAUCGAAAUUCAAUUUCGCCACACUCGUCUCACGCAACACGCCGCUUCGCGCCACGCACUUCGAGGUGCAUCCGACGCAUCCAUGCAGAGAUCCCACUUUACGCAUUGUUAAACGACGCCUUUUUACAAAAUUAUAACGAACUCUUGAGAAUCGAAAAAGUGAUCUGGCCUAUUAUUAUGCAUCAAUAUAUCGAUUGGACACGUGACAAAAUUA